UCUAACAAGAACCUGAAGGCGAUCGCCAAGAGGCUGUCUAUAUGGACCGCGGAUCAGGACAACGAUAUAGCGCGUAUGAUCAUAUACAGCAAGACAGUAUACCUUAGCAGUGAGAGCGCCCACUUGAAGCAGGCCUCGGCGCUCAAUAAGCAGGAGGGCAAUGUAGGAAGAGCUCCCUGCAGGAUCCAUCUGGCAGCCCAGAGCCUUCAGGAGGAUUUCCUUGGCUUCAUGAUUAAUAAAAACAGUUGGCUUAAAGAACAAGUAAACGAACGAAUCCGGUGGCUGCGGUCCUUCGGGGUGGUCGAAUACAUGUACCAAACGUUCAACCCCGUUGGCUGUCGUCUGAAAAUUGUCCAGAAACGCCAGUGCAAAUCUAAGAGCCUCACCCUGUGGCAGCUCCAGGGAGCGUUCUGGAUGUGGCUAGUGGGAGUGGCUGUAGCCUCCGUCACCCUGGUCUUGGAGCUGUUCCAGGCUCCCACUGUCGGUGCUAGAGCUCCUUCUAGCACCAACAGCUGGUGUUAGAGGUCCUUCAGGCACCAACAGCUGGUGUUAAAAGUUCUCUACUCACCAACAGCUGGUGUUAGAGGGUCUUCAGAAAUAAUACACUUGGCAUUAGGGGGUUCGUUUGGCAAAGAAAUUGGUGUUAGAGGAGCUUCUAAUACCCACCGUUGGUGUUAAGAGAAACUUCUGAAGCCCUUAAGAUGCAGAUAUCUACUUCCAAUGAUGGCUAAUGACCUUCCGGCAUAAGACUCCAGAAGAUGUUUUUCCAAAUUUCCAAAGAUUACUAUUCCCAUUAGGAUGAAAAUCCCGUUCGAUGUAUAAUAUUACACGAAGGUCCGUUCUACAACACUGUGUAGGAUAAUACAAUGUGUGCAGGAUAAUACAAUGCAUAUUUUGGAUCUA